AGCGUGACCCAGUCGUAGUGCCGCGUCUGAUAACUGAACUCGCGUAAAGCAGUCUGUGCCCAGGUGGUGCGAAGUUAAGGUCAUUUCAGACAGUUGUUUCGUUUCCUAACAAAAGAGGACGAACUGGGCCGAGCUGACGGGAGAGUAUAAUGGUAUUUUUAACGUUAUCUUGCUGGAUCCGCAACCGUGGACCCGACAGGUUCUGGAAAGUACAGGAACUGCUUAAACAUGCGCGGCACUUCAGAGGGAGGAAGAACCGCUGCUACAAACUGGCCUUGCUGGCCGUCAGGAGGGCUUUCGUCUAUGCCACUAAAGGUCGAAAGCUUAAAAAGCGCAACAUGAGGACGCUGUGGAUCACACGCAUUGCAGCAGCAACACGAGAGCACAACAUGAAGUAUCCUAUCCUCGUGCACAACCUCAACAAGUGCAGCGUUCAGCUUAACCGUCGUGUAAUCAGCGACAUUGCCAUCACGGAGCCUCGGACCUUCCUGUCGCUGGCGAAGCUGGCUCGAGCUCGGCAGCAGGAAGGUUUCCAAGCAGCGCUUGGAGACGGCAAAGAGCCUCCAGGUGUCCUCUCCAGAGUUAUGCUGCAGUAAAAAGACUCACUACAGUCAUGGAUUCAAGGAGCCGUGUUGUUCAGAGACAUCAACUUUACUUUUGUCAUUUCAUCAGUAUAUUUUACAUGUAAAAUAUCUUAAAAAUCGUAUUUCCUCCUGUGCUGCUUCAUCAGAAAGAUAAAGGCAGACUUGUGUGUGUCAGUCAGAUGUCACUCUUGUUGAUAAUCUUCCUUGGAUUCCUGAAGAACUCUGAUGUUUGUCACUGGAUGAAGUAAAAAGUUUGUUCUUGAAGUAAAGUUAACGUGGAAGUCUUUCAGUGCUGGAGUCCCAACAACAUGGAGAUGUUUACUUAAAAAAACUUUACAACAAUGCAACAAAAAAGUGUCCAAAACACAUCUUUGAUGGAGAAUAUGUUCACUCAUGCAAGACUGGGUUUGAAUUUGCAGCCUGCAACUUCUGAUUUGAUUCUACUUUUUGUUUCAGUGUAUAUAUUAUUUCUUGUGGUGAGAAUGUAAAGAUGUUUUUUUCAUUAAACAUUUUUAUAUGUAAUGAGA